UACUUCUCCCUUCAUUCCCACAAAUACUAUGUCAAAGCAAUCAACUACAUCAACAAUGGGUUUGAAGACAACUCCCGCAUCAGGCUGGCUGAUGCCUCCAUAAACAACGACGAGAUCUGCAUCUGCUCGUUUCCCCCCUUUUCUACAUAUGCCUAUAGCUUCACUUAUGAUAAUCCUAAUCGUCUUCCUUACCUAAAGCCCAUUUAUUCCAGCUACACACCUUUAAACUUCAUAAGCUGCCCAAAUCCCUUGACCAAUUCAUCCCUUUUUACUGAUAUAACUACUCACUGUGCCUCUAAUUCAUCCCAUCAUCACAGAUAUGCUUAUAUCAAGGUCGGCCACAUGAAUGCCUCUGAGGUUCCAUACACAUGUGGAGUAGACCUCAUAGCGAUGACAUCCUGGUAUAAUUUUAAGGAUUUGAACAACGUUUCGCUUUCAGAAAUCCUCGAGUCCCUCUUGUAUGGAUUUGAACUCAGGAUAUGCCCCUGGUGUGAAACAUCCAAAAUCUUACUAAAACGUUGGAGUUUCUCCUAUUUCCUGUGCUCAUUCUUGCUGGUUUGUUGUGUGGAGCUGUAUUCACCAUCUGUGGCUUCGCCACUGCAUCACUGCUCUUGUUUGAUAUUCACCAUCUAUUGUUCGAUAUAAUAUAUUUCCGUAACGUUACAGGGGCCGACGAAAGAGUUAACCCGUUGCUCGCUCAAGGAGUAGUCAUCAUUGGUGAGCUCCUAAUCUAUGCUCCUAUAAUAUUCCAAAGUAAAUGAAGUAUGUAAAUUAGGAAUUGUAUGUAAAUUAGGAAUUGUGGAAACAUAGAAUGCAUUUGAUGACUUUAAAUUUUGUGUUCUGUCACUCAUCUCAUGACAGAGCUCAGCAUCUUGUCAAUAAGGAUUAUCAUUUUCCCUUUGGUGUUGUGGUUUUUGAUUUACAAAUUUCGAAGAAGACGUUUGUCCGAAGAUAGCACAAUAGAAUCAUUCCUCCAAAGUGACAACAAACUAUCACCAGUCAGAUAUUCAUAUUCGGACAUAAAGAGAAUGACAAGAGGUUUUCAAGAAAAGCUAGGCGAGGGAGGCUAUGGUUGUGUUUAUAAAGGAAAGCUUCAAAGCGGACAUCAUGUAGCAGUUAAAAUGCUGGGAAAAUCUGGAGGAAAUGGGCAAGACUUUAUGAAUGAAAUAGCAACUAUUGGAAGAAUACACCAUGUCAAUGUGGUGCAACUAGUUGGCUAUUGUGCACAAGGUUCCAAGCGUGCCCUCGUCUUUGAUUUCAUGACCAAUGGUUCUCUUGAAAAAUACCUCUUCAAUAGAGAAAGAAUGAAUUACUUAAAUUGGAAUACAAAGUUUGAUAUUGCUGUUGGAAUAGCUCGAGGAAUUGCGUAUUUGCAUCGAGGGUGUGACAUCCAGAUUCUUCAUUUUGAUAUCAAGCCACAUAACAUUCUCCUUGACGAUAACUUCAUCCCCAAAAUAUCUGAUUUUGGGCUAGCCAAGUUAUGCUCUAUAGAGAAGGAGGUAGUUACGCUAACGGCCGCUAGAGGAACUAUAGGGUAUGUUGCUCCAGAACUUAUCAACAGAGGUAUAGGCGGAGUUUCUUCAAAGGCAGAUGUGUAUAGUUUUUGGAUUCUACUAAUGGAAAUGGUGGGCCUAAAUAAAGUGUAUGGAUUUGAACUCUCCGUUUUGUAUGAAACAUCCUUUAAUUGGGGUAAGGGUGUACUAUGUCUAUGUCUAUGUCUAUGUCAGUCAUAUUCUACUCCUAUAUUUUGGUAAUGCUGGAAAA